AGUGGUGACGUCAUGGCCGAGCGGACGUUCCAAUUGGCCGAGGGGCUUCCGGGUUUCCCCCCCUGAUGUGGGACAGCCAGGAGCGUGUGGAGGCCUAGUUCCGGUUCGGAAGCCCGUUGGAAGUCGGCACGCGGUGGCCUUUCAUUGAGGAGCUUGACCCGUCCGGCGGAGGACUGACCCUUUGAAGACAACGCAGGAGGGCCUUCUCACCGAGUCCUGGCUCUGAAGCGUGUGCUGCCAUGGCGGACCCCUUGGGGCCCUUGGCCUGGGGCCCUUUGCCGCCCCUUCGCUCUGCAGGGCCGGAGGCGCUCAAGCUGGGCUCUCUGGCCAUCCUGCUGGCCGCGACCCUCUUCUGUGGGCUGAUGCCCCUGCGCCUCUUCCCUCCAGGCUCUCCCGCGCUCCGGAGGGAGUCCCUCGGCCUGCUCGGCUGCUUGACCAGCGGGGUCUUCCUGGCCACUUGCCUCCUGGACCUUCUCCCCAGUUACCUGGGCGCCAUCAAAGGGGCCCUGGAAGAGCUCCGGGUCACGCUGCUCUUCCCUCUGCCGGAGUUCAUCCUCUCCAUGGGCUUCUUCCUGGUCCUGAUCCUGGAGCAGAUCCUCUUGGCCUGCAAGGAGCCCCAGGAGGAGGAGGAGAAAGAGAGCAAGGAGACCCUCUGGAGCCCCUCUGCUUCUACCCACAAAGACCCCCCGUCCGGCCUGCGCUUGAGUGCCUUGCUGCUCUCCUUGUGCCUUUCCUCGGGGCUGCAAGCGAGCUCCGUCUGGGUUCUAGAGCUGUGCCCGUCCCUGCUGCUGCACCAGGGGCUGCUGGCCUUCGCUCUGGGGCUGCGGCUGGCCCAGGGUGGGCUGUGGGGCCGGGCAGUGGCCGCCGGGGUGGCCCUCUUUGCUGCCUCGGCCCCCUUAGGACUGGUGCUGGGGGCCACCCUCGUACGAGAACCGGUGGGCCCAUCCUCCCCGUUGUCCCACCUCUCACGCUCCGUACUGCAAGGCCUGGCUGCCGGAGCCUUCCUCUACCUCUCCUGCACCACGGAGGGUCUACACCACGGAACCCAAUCCAGAACCCAGAGGCGGCAGCACAUCCUCCGGGCUAUGGCACUCCUGGCUGGAUUCGCCCUCCUCACCAGCCUCCUCUUCCUCAGGCUCUAAAGCGGGGGAAACCACAUCAUGGUUUUUAAAUAUCUUUUUUAAAUCCUGCAGUACCGUCUUUGGUCUCUAGGUGGCACACUUCCCCAAUCACCACAUAGUUCUUCAGUCAAUAUAGCAGCAUAAUGGCCGAGGAAGAAUCUAAGCAAAAUAAUUGCAAAUUAACUUCUCCCUGAGUCUCCUAUCGUUGGCUAGUAGACCCUAGUAACUAUCAAUAUCUUUUUUAAAUCCUGCAGUACCGUCUUUGGUCUCUAGGUGGCACACUUCCCCAAUCACUGCAUAGGUCUUCAGUGAAUAUAGCAUCGUAAUGGCCCGGGAGGGAAGAAUCUAAGCCAAACAAUUGCAAAUUAACUUCUCCCUGAGUCUCCCAUCGUUGGCUAGCAGACUCUAGUAACUAUAAAUAUCUUUUUUUAAACCUGCAGUACCAUCUUUGGUCUCUAGGUGGCACACUUCCCCAAUCACCGCAUAGGUCUUCAGUCAAUAUACCAUGGUGGUCUGGGAGGGAAGAAUCUAAGCAAAACAAUUGUAAAUAAAUAUUCUUUCGUAUCAGUCUACCUAUCUAUCUUGCCUAUGUAACCAGUCUAUCUAUAUUGUCAAAUCAGUAUUAUUUACCCAAUUUCUUAUCUAUCUUGUCUGUCUAAUCAACCUCUCUAUCGUCUCGGUCUUAUCUUUCUAUCUCAUCUGCCUAAUGUAAUAUCGAUCUCUCUUCCUUAUUUAUCCAGGGAGCAUUUGAACUAUGCUUUAUGCUUCUUUUUAUUAGUCACUUCUGAUCUUCUCUGUCAUAUGAUCUAUUUUCAAUCCAGUCUAUCCAAUCUUCUCUAACUUGUCGUCUGUCUGUUCGUCUUAACUAAUUAAUUGGGGUGAUACAUUACUUCAACGCGGGGCUUUCCCCCCAUUUUGGAAAAAAAAAAAUAGAUUCUCGCUGAAUUUCCCACCUCACCUUGCCUUAACGUCUAUGGUGCCUUGAAGUAUUAUUUUGUUUGUGACCUUUUAAUUUUCCCAACUUGAUGGAAAAGAAUAAAAGGGUUUUUUAAAAAGCUUGA